AUGACAUAUGCAAUUAAAUUAUUUAGAAAUUUAAAAUCCAAACCUCUUUUAAGAGGUAUGGUAAUUUAUUCGGUGACUUGGCCAUGUAGUAGUUUAAUACAACAAAGUUUCGAUAAAGAAGCAAAGUAUAGUUGGAGUCGAGCUCUAAAAUUCAGUCUUUACGGUAGUUUAUUUGUGGCACCUUCCUUGUACGGAUGGAUGAGAUUCUCUUGCCUAAUAUGGCCCCAAAAUACAUUAAAAUAUGCUUUAAUAAAAGGUUUUGUAGAGCAAGUUUCAUACGGUCCUUUUGCGAUGUGCUCAUUCUUUUUCAUAAUGACUUUAUUAGAUAAUGGAACCGUUGAAGAUGGAUUGAAAGAAAUUUCGAAUAAAUUUGUCCCCACUUGGAAGGUCGCUGUUUUUGUAUGGCCUUUUGUACAGACAAUAAACUAUACUCUCAUACCGGAGAAAAAUCGUGUCCCAUUCAUUGGAGUUUGUAGUGUUGGCUGGACGAUAUUUCUGGCUUUUAUGAAGUAUCAAAAUGAACAUGCCAUCGAAAACAAAAAUCAAUCGGCGAACUGAACAUUCCAAACUGGUUUUUGGAAUAUUUCCAGGAGUAAAAUAUUGGAUAUGAUCCAGGUCUGAACAGAUGAGUUCUGCAUUGUAAAACUUUCGGUUUUUGGAAAAAGAGAAAGAUAGGUAUUUUAUUUAUUAAUUGAAAAUUUCGAUUGAUAGUUACCUUCUUUUCUAGUUUAAUUUUGUCUACUACCUAUUUUAAAAUAAAAUUUGCAUUCCA